AACUACACUACACACAGUUGUCAGUCCCAAUACAACUAUUCUCUCUCUCCAAAUCAUAACCGUUGAUUUCAUCAUAUCAUCACAACUACCCCAUCUGACGGCUAAAACAUGCGAGCUGAUGUAGUAUUACCAUGAACCCAUCUACACAGUGUUAAUUCCUCUCACUGCCAUAACUGGAAUAGAAAAGAAAAAAGAAAGAAAAUUGGAGGCAUAUUUCAGUGUUCAGUACAGAGUAGCAAGUAAAAUAGCAGUGAACUUUAAGAAGAAAAAAAGAAAAAACAAUUGUUGUGUUGUGUUGUGUUGUGUUGCAUCACCUUUCCUUAAACUCCCAAGAUUUUGUGGGUUGAAGUAUCUGCAUUUGUUUGGUUGUUGAUGCAUUUGGAAGCCAAAUGACUGCAUGUUGGAUGGUGAUCUGUAGUUCCACAUGCAUCUAGUGUGAGAUUAAUAUGUUGAAUAAGAGUGCCCAAAUUGAUGGAGCAUGUAGAAAUCUGGGUAACCUAAUGUCAUGUAUAUGGAUUGGCAAUGGCUGGAGUGGCUCACUACCGUUUCUGGGGUUUUGUUAAUUCACCCGUCCAUUCGACAAUGGGGAAGUCACCAGGAAAAUGGAUAAAGACCGUAUUUUUUGGGAAAAAGACGUCCAAAUCCAAUUUUGCGAAGGGCAAAGAGAAAUCCACCAACGAGAAAGAGGUGAAUGUUCGCGUGACGUCCCCUGAAAUUGAUAACGACGUUAAUCCUCCAGAGGUAUCAAAUGGUGCUUUGAAUGCAGUUCAUGUGGAUGACCACAACUUAAGGUCAGAAUACAAGGAAUCUUCUCUAAGCCAGCCAGAUGAGGAAAUACCUAUAUCUGGAGAUCAAUUAACUGAUGCAAAACAAACCAAGGAAAUGGACAUGUUAACUGACGCUGAGAGAAUAGAGCAAGAAAAGGCUAUAACAAAGGCGCAGGCUGCUUUUAGGGGUUAUCUGGCUCGUCGUGCAUUCAAGGCUCUGAAAGGCAUUAUAAGGCUUCAGGCUCUUAUUCGUGGACAUUUGGUGAGGAGACAAGCCGUGUCAACCUUAUAUUGCAUAGUAGGCAUUGUCAAGCUGCAAGCGCUCGUUCGUGGGUCAAAAAUUAGAUGUUCUGAUUCGGGUCUUGAAGUUCAGAAAAUCUGUAUUUCGAAACCUCCGGUAACUUUCUUGAAGGAUGGCAAAAUUGGGGUUUUUGGAGAUGGUGUGUCUGCUGGCGUAACAAGCUUGUCAGUGAAUGCGUUUACAAGAAAACUUCUAGCUCCAUCACCUGCAGUGAUGCCUCUGCGAGUCCAAUAUGAUGUGACAGAUCCAAAUUCAGUCCAGAAAUGGUUGGAGAGAUGGUCAAUAUCCUGCCCCUGGAAACCAGUUUCCCCACCAAAAAAAGUUACUAACUCAAGAGUCCAGAAAAAGCAGGUGAACUCACCAGCCAUUGAUGGGGAAACAGGCAGGCCAAAACGCAGCGUGCGUAAAGUUCCUUCCCUUUUUGAUAACGUGUCAGCGCAGUCCACAUCUGAAGUAGAGAAACCACGACGCAAUCCAAAGAAAGUUGUGAGCCAUCCAGCAGAUUCUGCACAAGAAAAUCCACAGCAUGAGCUUGAGAAGGUUAAGCGUAGUCUAAGAAAGGUACACACCCCUGUAACUGAAAGCUCUGGCCAGCCUCAGACUGAGGUAAUUGAGAAGUCAACUCACGGCCAAGAAAAAGCAACAGUAUCCAAUGUUCAGGAAGUUUCAGCUCCAAAUGAGGUCAACCUUGUUGAGAAUACAAAGGUAGAAACAAGCAUAACUGUCAAGGAAGAGACGAUUAUAUUUUCUAAUCCAAUUGAAGAAGAGACAACUAAGGAGCCUUUAGAAACAAAAAAAUCUGUUGAGUUCUCUGACGAUGAUGGAACCAUGGUCAAAACAGAGUCUUUUGAGAAUGACGAGAAGGACGAAAAUACUCCUGUGGCAAAUGGUGCUUUAGAAUCUAAAGAAGAUGCUAUGUUAAACGAGAGUCAAAAAUCCAGUAGAAGGGCUUCUUUUCCAGCCAAGCAGGAACUUAUGGAGGAUGGCUUGCAGAACACCCCGAAGCUUCCAAGCUAUAUGCAAGCAACUCAGUCUGCCAAGGCAAAGCUGAGAGCACAAGGAUCCCCUAAAAUUAGCCAAGAUGAGGCUGAGAAAAACAAUCAGACCCGACGUCAUUCACUUCCAUCUGCACCAAAUGGAAAAGUCAAUUCAGCAUCACCAAGGAUACAGAAACCACUCCAAGGUAGUGGUGGAAAAGGAGGAAACAAAAGUGAUAAAUCUUUGCUGUCUUCUAGAGAUGGGAGUGGGAAGGGUUCUCAAGCACAAUGGCGAAGGUGAUGGCACUGCUUACAUAACUCAGGUUUCAAGUAUGAUGGCGAAGGUUAAAUUUUCUUUGCAGUUUGUGUGGUGGCCCUUAAUUACAGUGUUAUUUAGGUAAAAGAACUUGCUAUAACUUGCUGAAAAUGUGGUGUUGAUAUCUUAGUGGCUUUCUUAUGUAAGUUGGGUGCCUCUGAAUGAAUGUAAAUUGCAGGCUUCACUGUUUUCAUACUGCCUAAAAGUUUCGCUGUUGGACUAUGUUGUCUUAUUGUGGAAUAUGUGAUAUUGAGGUUAUGUAUAGUUCAUACUCUAUAAAGAGUUCUCAUUAUUCUUCCA